AUGUCGUCCCCGGCGCUUCCUCUUCCUCCAACCCCAUCUGUGACGACGCCAAAGAUUGUGGAGGUGCUGAAGCCAGAGGUGAAGACGCUUGAGAGAGUUUUGGUGGAUUUUGUCUCUGCUGGUGCAGCGACAUUGGCGAUUGCGCCUGUUAUUUGUUUGAUCGAUCGGAGCGUUAUUGAGAAUGCCUCUGGACGAUCAAAAUCGGUGCUGGCAUCUGUAGGCACGUCAUUGAAGACGCUGUUCACUUCACCUCACAAGUUUAUUUUCUCGAAACCGUUUGCGCUGAUCUAUCUCACAUAUUGCGGAACGUAUCUUUCGGCAAACACGGUUGACACAAUAUCCUCUAUCCGAAAUGGGACCGAUAUCAAGACCGUUACCGCCGGCCCAGAGAAGUUUGCAACCACCUCCAUUGUAAACAUGAGUCUCGGGCUCGUAAAAGACCGAUCCUUCGCGCGCAUGUUCGGCACCGGUUCCCCACGACCUGUUCCAGCUCCUACGUUUGUCCUGUUUGCUGCCAGGGACGCACUGACGAUCUUUUCCUCUUUCAACGUUCCCCCACUCCUCGCUCCGUACAUGCCACAGGACAUGCUUAUGAAGCCGGAGAGUUGGGCGCAAUUCUUAGCUCCGGCGAGUUGUCAGAUCUUCAGCACGCCGCUUCAUCUUCUAGGGCUGGACCUAUACAAUCGGGGGAAUGUUAGUUGGAAGGAGAGGUGUAAGAUGAUAAAGACGAAUUACUUUCCAAGUGCAAUGGCAAGGAUGUGCCGCAUUCUACCUGCAUUCGGGUUUGGCGGGGUUACUAAUGCGGCUGUGAGGAGGUCGUUGCUCGAGACAUUAGAGUGUAGGUAA